UUGAUGGACGAUUAUGUCAUUAACUUUUUGUUUGUUUUGUCUGUUUCCUCAUUUCUACAUCAAACGGAUUCACUCAUUUACAUUCGAUCCAAUCGUUUCGCCCCUUCUUCCUUCACGUAUUUAAGGGUGCAGACGAUACGGUUUCCAGAAUUUUCGUAAACUCAAGCACAAACUUCUGGCAGCGUCUUCGCCUUUUUUAAUCGAUUCAAGAACUUGGUUUUUUGGAAUCUUUUCCUAGUUUUCUACACUACUACUUGACAUGCCAUGGUGUUUCCAUUAUUGAAUAUCUUGGCAGUUUGCAGAGGAUAAAUGGGGUAUAAAGGUAAAACUGAUCCAGGAGAUGUUCCAAGCUAUGGUGCAAUAUUUAUGUCAAAUGCUGGAACAAAGAAAGAGUGUUUUCAACGUAAGUUGCUUGGGCUACCUUUAGCUCAGUCUAAUUUUGUGUUGAAUGUGAAAAAAGGAAUGAUUCUGUUUCUUUUUGAGUUUGAGAGGAGGCAACUUCAUGGAGUGUUUCGUGCUACUUCUAAUGGUGAAAUCGACAUUGAACCUAAUGCAUUCAAAUCAUCAGGAAAAAGCUUUCCUGCUCAGGUUCGUUUUGCCCCUGUGUGGAAAUGCAAUCCUCUUUCUGAACAUGAGUUCAAAGUUGCUAUUAAAGAAAAUUACUUCUCAUGGAAGAAGUUCAAUUUUGGGUUAUCAAAAGAUCAGGUAUAUAAACUUGUAACUCUAUUCCACUCCAAAAGAAUCCCUAAAAAGCCCUCAGAGGGAGAUGCUAGAAGAUUUGGUGAUUAUAGGAAUACCAUUAGAGAUAGGGUUAGAGAAGGUGAAGUUAAAGAAAUAGAUGAUCAGGGCUAUAAGUAUAAUAGGAUACAAGAUGAAUAUAAUGUUAUAAGUAGUUUUGAUCGAGGGUAUUUUGGUCAUAAUGAAAGAGUGGAAAGAGAAGAAAGAACAUUGACUGAACAACACCCACAGUAUGAACCAAGAGGGACAGAUUAUGAUGAAGAUUUUGGUUUUGGGGAUGUUAAUGUUACUUCUUUAUCUCACAUUAACCAAAAUAAUUCCGAUUUUAUCCCUGUUCCUCAAGUAUCAUCAGAGCAAUUUCAACACCCUUUUAACAUUGGAAACACAUAUGAAUCUUGUCUUCCUUAUUUGACAUCUGGUGAUCCUUCAGUGAUUACACUGCAUACCCCUUACAAUCCUGAAGUUCCUGAUUUUUGUCACAGACCUUAUUAUGAUCCUGAAGUCCCUGAAUUUUGUCAUAAACAUUCCUAUUUUACCCCUGGGAAUCCUGUUGAUAUUGAUAACCAUCCUCCAUUUUAUCCAGAUUUUAAAAGCGAAACAGCUUCAUAUCAUUAUCAUGAGUCAGAAAAGAAAGGUUCAGAUGUUGGAUUUUUGAGAAGCCAAAAAAAGAUGCGUAAAGUUAGUGUUUUUGAUCGAUUAACUAAAGCUCCAGAAGUAGUUUUUAAUGAAGAAGAACAUGAAAGAGAUGAAAAAGAUGAUGAGCUGGAUGCAUCAGUUAACAAAGUGAUGAAAAUGUUGGAGAAGAUUGUGAGUAGCCCAAUAAAGAGAAGUGGAAAAAGACAAUCGAGUUUCAAACAUGAUGAUGAUGAUGAUGAUGAUAAUAUAAGACCCAAAAAGAUUGUAGAUUAUGAUCUUCUUCCAAAUACAAAAAAAUCUAUACAAUUUGAAGAAGGUGAUGAUGAAUCAGUUGUUGAAGAAACAAGAGUUGUGGAUUUUAAACGUCGCAAGAAAAUAAACAAAAAUCUUGAUGAUGAAUCCAAAAAAUCUUGUAGCAAACGUAAGAAAUUGGUUAGGCCAGUUUUUGUUGAAAAAGAGUUAUCAAACACAAAUACACCUUUGAAAAAUGAUUGCUGUUUAAGAAAAAUAGUAGGUGAAAAAAGAAAAAAAACGGUUGAAAGCUCGGCGAAAGAAAAUGGGAAUGAUGAAAAAUGUGAAGUGUUGGAAGGGAAAGUUGGUGUUGAUGACAUGGCAGGAGGUGAUUCGUUGAAAGAUGAGAAGAAGUGUGGUUGGGUUGAGGGUUGA